AUGUAUGAAGAUACUAAUCUAUUAAGAACAGUAGCAUCAUCGUUUGGUGAUUUUGCGCGCAAAACCAUGCGACUUGUAUUUAAUGCGCAUGAAUUAACAACACAAAUUCUUCCUCCACAAAGACAUUAUCUAGCUCGAACAAGUUUAAAUGAGAAAAAAUUCCAAUUAGUAAAUGAUGCUAUUCGCAUCAAGUUCAAGAUUGAUAGCACGAAAUAUGCUGCAUUUUAUAAAAAUAUUUUGAGAAGAAAAUUAUCUGAUUUUCUUAUUGAAGAACGUCGUCGAGGAUUAAAAAGGAUUGGUCGUGAUCAUAUUCAAAAUGAAACUAUGGAAAAUUCAUCUUGA